AGUAGAUCAAUGGGAUGCUGUAAAAAGUUGCAAAAUGCACGAUCUCAUGCAUGACCUCGCCAUAGAAGUAGCAGGAACAGAAUGCGCUACUGUAAGUUUGAACUCCGGAGGCCAAAGAAAAUUUCUUCUUCAUUGGUUCAAGCACGUAAGAUUCGGACAGUUCUUUUGCUUGAUCAAAAGUCUUGGAAAAACAAAUGGGGAAAGUCAACUUCUGAUGCAGUAAGAUCAAAUUUCAAGUUCACACGCACUUUGGGUUUGAAUAGUUUGGGGAUUCCAAUACUACCAAAGUCUAUAGGUAGUUUCAAGCAUUUGAGAUAUCUAGAUCUUUCAUAUGACUGGAAUAUCGAGAUGCUACCCAAUUCGAUUACCAAUCUAGUGAAUCUGCAGACACUACGACUGAAUGGUUGCUCUGGCCUACGAGAAUUGCCCAGAGACAUGAAGAAGCUAGUCAAUCUCAGACAUCUUGAAAUUGAUAGGUGCAGUGGGUUGACUCAUAUGCCACGCGGAUUGAGUCAGCUGACAAAUCUUCAGACACUAUCAACGUACAUACUAAGUGAGAGCAAUGAUGUUGUCAUGAUAAAUGGAGGUGAGCUAAAAGAAUUAGUGUGCUUGAACAACUUGAAAGGGGAAUUGGAAAUUUUGAAUCUGGGUCAUGAGAAUGACACGGCAAGAGACUAUGAGUCUGCAAAUUUAAAGGAAAAACAAUAUCUUCGAUACUUGGCAUUGAAAUGGAUUUCUGAUGAUGAAGGAACAGAGGCUCCUGUUGGUUAUGAGAAGUCACUAGAUGCCCUCCAGCCACAUCUAAAUCUCCAAGAAUUGGCUCUAUGGAAUUACGGGGGUGUCAAGAUUUCAAGUUGGCUUUCUUCACUUACAAAUAUGGUGAAUUUGACAUUACAGUCGUGUGAGAAAUGCCAACAUUUAGUGCCGUUGAAUCAAUUCCCCCGCCUUGAGAAAUUAGAACUUAAUUUCUUGCCGUGUCUGGAGUACAUAAAUGGUGAGGAGGAAGACUUGUUGCUUUCAUCAACAAUAGUACUGCCAUCCCUACGAGAACUUCGGUUGAGGGAUUUGCCAAAUCUAAAGGGAUGGUGGAGAGAGGUAGUAAGUGGGGAAUUGUUGCCUUGUUUUCCCCCUUGUCUUUCUACAUUAGAAAUAAGGAAUUGUCCUCAGCUGAGUUGCAUGCCGCUUUACCCACAUUUGGAAGGAAGACUAGACCUAAUAAAUACAAGGUUGAAGCCAUUGGAACAGACAGUAUUAGUAUUAGAGAGUAGAAAAUGCAGUACUAGUACUACUGGAACUGAAAUCCCCACAACACCGUCAUCUUCUUUCUCUUCUCUCUCUAAACUGACAUCUUUGACUAUUUCUGAAAUUGGGGAGGAUCUACAAUGUCUUCCGGAGUGGUUCAAGAGCCUUACUUGUCUCAAAAAGCUGGAGAUUCAGGAAUGCUCCAAAUUAAAGGAUCUGAGCCCGGGUAUUCAACAUCUCACCUCACUUGAAGACUUGGAGAUUAGAAAUUGCGAGGAGUUAGAAGUGAUGAUACCUUUGAAGAAUAACGGAAGACUCCGCUAUCUGCGUCUUAUUGGCUCUCAUAAAUUGGCGUCUCUUCCUGGGGGUCUUCAACACCUUACCAGUCUCCGACGCCUUUUGAUUUCUGAUUGGGAGAGUCUGGAAACUAUUCCGGAGUGGAUUGGCAACCUAAAUUCACUUGAAUCACUUCAUUUACUUAAUUGCCCCAAAUUGAGAGCAUUGCCUGAAGGAAUACGAAGCCUCACUUGUUUAAAAACUCUAUGGAUUUGGGAUUGUCCCAUGUUAUUGAAGAGAUGCCAAAGGCAAAUAGGCGAGGAUUGGCCCAAGAUUGCUCAUAUCCCAGACCUGAGCUUGAGAAUCCAUCAAGGGAUGAGCAUACGACAAGUUUAGACAAGAUAAAAGCACGCAGCAGCAGCAUCUUAUUCAAAAAUUUUGGGCUAUGCAUGCAAUAAUAUAUACUACUACUGGAACGACUCAAGAAUGAAUAUAUGGAUAGAGAGAGUUAUAUUUUGUUUUUGAAUACGCAGGGAAGUGCUCUCUGAGAGUUGCGGAGCUAAUUCUUUACUUUGAUGAGAGUUGUAUGGGGAAUAAAAUGCCCUCUAGAAACGCAUCAUAACAAUGUUUUCUAAGGUCUUUUCAAUCCAUGUAUUGAUAUCAUUCAAUAUCUUACUUCACUUCAACACUUGAAGAUUGGUAGCGGGUACCGAAUAUUUAGAUUGGAGAAGUAAACUGCUCUCUGGUUUCUCCUCACAAUGUAAUGGAAUGAUGUGAACAGAACACCUGAAAUAAUAUGUUGGGAUUGAUUCAAGAUCAUGAGUUUCCAUGCAUUGGAUUAUGCAAAUGAUUCAUAGUGGUCUAGUUUUCAAGUUUUUUGUUGGAGAAGCGAGCUACGGAAUGGAACACGGUUCAAUAGCUUCGCAAACAUACUCUCUAAAAGUUUUGGAUGAUGAACUUAUGCAACCUCAACAUUACAAACAUGGCUAAAACAAAAUGCGGAUUCUGCUUGAUGAUAUUUGUCAGGGUGUCAGAGACAAAUAUUAUGGUUGAAGUACCGAUUACAAGAUCAAGAUUUGCAUGAAGAGCACAGCGAGUUGGCCUAAUUUGUGCAAGCACAAAUUUGAUCCUGUGGCAGAGUUGGUAAAUUAAUCACUGUAUUCCUAAGUUUGUAGUACUUAAAAAAUAUUUAUUGUUUCCAAGAUCUACUAAUGUUGAAACAUGGUUUUGGUAAGAAUGUAAAGGAACUACGAGUGGCUUGAUCCCUUCAUUGGGUACGUAGGCAGCCUGGUUUAGGUCCAGCCACAAAUAAAUAAAACAACCUUCAACCAACAGGAGCCUAGUGACUUCUCAUCUCCUCUUUGUAUAUAGAAGUUACUGAAAUAAAACAAAUAGUUGCAAAGCAGAAAGUCAGAAAGUUUCUCGGGAGUGAAUGUGAUUCGGUUCCAGCAUCAAUGAGAAAUUCAAGAACUUGUGGCUUU